UGUUAGCCAAAAAUUCGCCGAUUGACUUUUGUUAAAUUUGGAACCUAGAUUACCAAUUUACCCUUAACUAUUCGAAGGCACCCGAUUCCCUCUCCCGUCUACACUCACAUCAAAAACCCUGAAAAACACGCAGAACACACAGUGAACGCCGAUGGAAAUGGAGAUCGACUCGAAGCCAGAAAGAGAGAUCAAAGAGAAAGAAUUAUUUAAGGCGGCGGAAUCGGGCGAUUCAUUGAUCUUCAAAUCGCUAUCUGAACAACAGCUUCUCAAAGCUCUUUCUCUCCGCAAUGAAGAUGGUCGUACCCUACUGCACUUAGCCGUUUCUGCCGCCCAAACCGAGGUUGUGGAAGUACUAUCCACGGCUAACCCGUCAAUUGUGAACAGUUCCGAUGAAGAAGGUUGGGCACCUCUUCACUCUGCAGCGAGCAGUGGCAAUCUCAAAAUUGUGGAAAUUUUACUCAACAAAGGAGCUGAUGUUAAUUUGAAAAAUGAUGGUGGUCGCACUGCCCUGCACUAUGCUGCUAGUAAGGGUCGGUUAAAUAUAGCUGAACUUCUGGUUUCACAUGGUGCAAAGCUCAACCUGAAGGACAAGGUUGGAUGCACCCCAUUGCAUCGUGCAGCUAGCACGGGAAAUGCAGAAUUAUGUGAAUUCUUGAUUGAGGAAGGAGCAGAGAUUGACGAUGUUGAUAAUGCUGGUCAAACUCCACUUAUGGAUGCAGUGAUAUGCCAUAACAAAGAGGUAGCUCUCCUUCUUAUAAGACAUGGAGCGAAUGUGGAUGCUGAGGACAAAGAAGGAUACACAGUUCUUGGUCGAGCCUCGGAUGACAUACGACCGGUGUUAAUUGAUGCUGCAAAGGCCAUGCUGGAAGGAUGAAAGCUCAAUAUCUAUUGACAGAUAUGUCUGUGGGAGGAAUUCUGUAAAUGACUGGUAUUUUGUGUUAUAACAAAAAUUUGAAGGAUAUUGUUUGCAGUGCCUUAUCGAUUUCAGAUAUCGUGUUAUCACUGGAUGAAUACAGGAUUUAAUCAAGCAAAUAUAGACCAUUUUCACAUUUUUCCAUAAUUUUUUUCCUACUUUUGAACUA